AUUAAGAAAAAUAAAUUCACUACAGAUUUCCAAAGGCUUGGAGAAAUUUGAGCUUUCAUAUAAUACUUUAUAAACUAGACAGUCUAAAUAGCCAUCAAAUGUCACGAUUCCACUAGUGAUGGCUGUGUCGAAUGCAAAUUAAGUGUUCAAUCCUGUGAGGUGCUGAGAUCCUCCAACAACCACUGCAAUAUGUGAUCGCUGAGCAUGUUCAGCAUCUUCUAGUUACAGGCUCUAGUUUUCACUGAAUGUUUCCAAGAAUGUUGUUUGCCUCAUUUUAAUCAUUCAUUUUCCCAGACCUCUCCAUUUUCAGUUCUGACUUUUGCUACUAUUACCUUUUUAAAAUGUUGGGCUAGAUAAUUUACGAUGUAAAGCUCCAUUGACUUCACCAGCUAAGGAUGUGGCCCUUAACUUUUACUUUAGUAAGUUCCUCCUAAUGCAUGAAAGUCUGUCCAUUGUAGUGCAGGGGAAAAAAAAUUAAGGGCUGUAACAGAGUUCAAAUUAUAGUUACCCCCCGAGUGACCUUAGAAAAAUACACGCUAAGUAGCUUCUCUCUUUGUACAUAUGAAAGAGCAGAUCCUCAGCUAGUUUACGUCAGAGUAACUCAGUUGAUUCCUGUCUCUGAUUUUCUUGUCUUUAUCUAGUUAGUAAUGUGGGCUGCUUCAUUAUUUCACAUUGAUUUUUUUGUAUAGGAAGAAUAGGGCAUUUAAAAUAACUAAUUUAGCAUUUUAGUUCUAUUCCACGGACAGUUCAUAGAACACUGGAGUAAGUGAGAGCAUUAUCAAGCCCCUUGGUUGAACACUCUCUGGGCCAGAUUCUGAUCUCAGUGAUAGUGCUGUAAGGUGAAACUCUGUGUCCAGUGGAUUACAGUGGGAUCAGAAUCAAAGGAAGGGUGAAGAUGGUGCAAAGAGGAGCCACAAAAAAUAUUCAAGGACUGGGAAAAAUGCCUCAGAGCUAUAAACUGAAGGAGCUCCAUCUGUUUAGUUUAUCAAAAAGUAUCUUGAUUACAGCGUAAUCAUUUAUAGAGAGAAAAUACUGGUAGUGAUGGACUCUUUAAUACAACAGAGAAAGGCACAAUGGGAACCACUGUCUGGAAUUUUAAAGGCAGACAAAUUCAAAUCAGAAAAAAACACGCCUUUUUAACAGCAACGUUGUUUGACUAUUGGAACAAACUACCAAAAGAAGUGGUGGAUUUUCCAUCUCUUGAAGUCUUCAAGAAGAUAUACUUUAAUUAAACACAAACUAUUGGGCUCAAUACAGGGAUAACUGGGUAAAAUUCUAUAACUUAUGGUAUACAAUAAGUCAGACUAUAUGAUCGAAAGAUCUGCUCUGGUUUAAAAAAUCUUUGAAUCUAUGAAAAAAUACAGUACCAGGCUUGUUGAGUCUGGAUGGUCUAAACAAGCAACUUAUCCUGCCUAACGUAUAUUAUCUCAGAAAGAGAAUGAAUUAAGAAAAGAAAAAUACUUCUUUACUCAUUGAAAAUUUUACCCAUUGAUAAUAAUUUGGUUUUACUCAUACUAACUGCAAAAUCAUAGUCAGAAUCAUUUUAGUUAAUUUGACUUUUCAGUGUAUUGGAACACAAAAAAUUAUAGUGAAGAUAAAGCCAUAAGGUGAAACGGGGGUCUAUUUUUCAUUUCCCAGAUUUAUUUUGAAUAAAUACUUUCUUAGAUGUAGAGAGAGAGGGCCAGAUUCUUCACUGCUUUGCACCUUAUAUAGUCCUUUAUACUGUGCAAAGUAGAUAUAAAAUGCUAUUAGAUCAGAAUAGCAUUCUACACCCAUUUUGCACACACCUUGCAUGGGUAUAAAUUGUACACCAAUUUUUGAUAGUAAGCUUUUGGGGGGAAAGGAACUCUCAUUUAUUAUAUUUGUACAGGUCCUGGCAAACUAAGGCCCAUCUUGGUUGUGACCAAUAUAAAGGUUAAAAAAUAAUAAUGAAUAAAAAGCAUAAAUAACUAAAUGAAGUGCAAAACAGUGGAGUCAAGUCCAACUCUUCUAGAGGAAUGAAGCUGUGUUCUGUGCAAGCACCGGGGUGGAGAAAGAGAAGUGGUAAAAGUGAUUUUUAUUAUUGAAAAGUAUGGAAAAACCAGGUUUCAAACUGUUGCAUAAUAUUUGUAUUUUACCUGCCUUCUUGUUCAUUUUCAGCAGGUGCUGCUACUUGCUGCAAUUGCUUUCUCUGCAAAAAACUGAUUGUGGUGAUUUAGAUCUAUGGAAGCUGCAUGUUGGUUCUCCUCAAAAGCAGUCAUCAGUGGUGAUGAUAGAUUUUCUUUUUUCCCUUCUCAGUGAUUUUUAAGACUGGGUGGCAGCAGGGAGAAAACAAGAGAAGCAUUUUGAUGGCCUUAGAGGGUCUGAUCCUGCAAGCACUCUAUGCAUAAGGUAUCUCUUGAAAUCAAUGGGAGUUAUGCCCAGAGAGUGCUUACAGCAUGAAGUCCUUCAUCAGAGAAGUCUUUGAACAGCACAGGUUAGACAGCAAAGUGCAUCUGUGUUCUUGAAAAGCUUGAAAACACACAAAGCGUUUUCUUAAAAGCAAGAAAUUUGCAAACCAAAUAAAAAUGUCAUACAAAACCAAUGGGUUCCCCUCCUUCCCAUCCCUCCCAGGUUCUUUGGGCUGUAUAUAAUAGAAUAACUAACAAACAAGCUCUAACUAAUAUGCCUUCUUGACUUUUUGGACCUUUAAGAGAGGGUAAGUUUGGAGAAGGCUGGACUGAGGCAGCUGUUGUAGGGCAACACAUUUCACUCCGCAAGAUGAAUAUGGAAAGAGAUGCUUUUCCUGCAAAGCCUUUUAAAAAUGUUACUGUUGAAAUAACAUUUCUGAACUGAACUGCAACUUUCAGGUGCUUUCUCUCCAUCCCCACCCAUCUUCCCCUGAGAUACACCUUGGGUUUUAUAAGGUGGGGGUGGAUCCACACAGUAUGCUCUAUAAAAUUCGGAGGAAUAAAGAAAACAAGUCAUAAGGCACGACCCUACUUUCCUCGUGCACCCAAACAUUCUAUUUAAGUCCAUGGCUGUGUUGGGUGUGCAUUUGAGACCAUAUCCACUGCUCUAGUGCUCAGCCCGAGUUGCAGAUUUGUGUGCUGGGAGCGAUGCAAAUUUGCCUGAAGUUGCCCUGCAGAAGCGUCUUAGCAUAUCUGCUCUAUGUGUGAGACCAGCUGAAGGUUUCAUACGGCAGAAGAUCAUCUGGCUUUAGCAACCAUUGCCUGGCCCUUCUUAUUCAGGGAGCUCUCAUGAAGCUGACUCCCUGCUUUGAAUUCAGCCCUCUUAUAGAGUGCAAGUGCACCAGUUUCACCACCAGGGGGACCUCCACAUUCAUAGAGGAGGAGACAGGGUGUUUGCCUAGGACUGUGGAAUCAGGCCUUUAAUAUAGUUUUUGGGAGCUGUGUAGAAUUCAGAGCCCAUCAAAAUGUCACUGGUGCCAACUCUUAUGAUUGUAUUGCAAGUUUUGCAAUAUCUGGUGUGAGAUCUUGGCUGCGUUUAAUGGCAAAACUCCCGUCGACUUCAAUAGAGCCAGAAUUUAACCCUUCAUCUUUUAUCUGAAGCCGCAGGUCCAGCAGACAAAUGAUUGUUCAAGAAUUUCAGCUUUCAUUUAAAAAAUGUACGUUUCUAACCUUCAUGACAGGACAGAAAAGCAUGAAAACAGGACCCAUUAACUUGUGAAGUUUGAAAAACAGAAAGUAAAUCAAAAGAACCCCAUAUUUAUUAUUUUAAAAUCUCAUGAUUUGUAAGCCAAUCUCAUGGUUAUGGGAGCCUGACACAUGAUUUUUUAUGAUGUUUGAUCUUUUAAUUUGGAUUUGAGAAGCUGUUCAAGCAAUGUGCCAGUUACACAUGGAAACAGCGAAGGGGAAAUGGGCUUUGUUCUGCUUGCUGACAUUGCUUGUGGAUCAGGCAGGAUUACGUGAAUAACACACUGAAUAUGAAUUAUACAUCCCUGAAGUCCUCAGUUUGUGCCUAUCCAAUAAAGUAAUCAUGUGUCAAGGUAUCUCAUUGUCUUUCUGUUAUUUAACUCUAUCUAUGUGGAAUGGUGUUAGUUCCAGAUAGGGAAUGCAAAUUCCACUUGCAGCAUUUUUAUUGUCUAAAUAAAAAUUAAACAUAGGUAAAUCAGAAUGAUUUAGGUGAUGAAUCCAGCUGCUUGUAGGUUUAAAGGCUGCUACACUUUUGCGGUUUGACUUUUAUUAUUACUUUGAUAGGCUGAAUACAAAAAUAAUGACUUUAAUCCACAGCCUCCUGAUCUCAGGGAGACAGCAUCUGCUACACUACACCCCUGUCAAAAGGUGGCGCAUGCACCUCUUUGUUCUGUGCAGAGAUAGGUGAGGUAUAAGUUCUGCUCUUCCCCCCCCCCAACUUCCCCAGGCCCUUUGGGGAAUCCACCAAUGGUUGUAGCAGUCAACUCAGAGAAGCACAGGGACUUCACUGUGCCAAGUCCUUGCCUGGGGGAGCAGGAGGAAAGGUUUCCUUGAAUCUUCUCUCCUUCCUUAUCCACCCAUGCAAGAUUGAAUGCAGUUGAGCCUUAAGAAUAGGAAGAUAGUCAAAGUGUAGCAGAUGCAUGAAAAUGAGAGAUGUCUUAAUCCAAUCAUUAAAUCUGUGCUUCCCCAAACUUUGGAAAGUUCAACUCCAGAUCCAAACUUCAUGACUUGGGCCCUCUCUAAGAAAAAUGGGCGUAUAAAGAACCUGGAUAUAAAUGGCAGAUGCAUAAAUACAUUUUAAAUGUAAUAUAAUAACACUUAACACUUAUAGUGCUUUUAUUUCUAGAUUUCAAAGCAAUUUACAAAUAUGGAUACAUGUUAUUGUCCCCACUUUACAAAUGGACAAGUUGAGGCAGGCAGAAGUGAAUUGACUUGCUGAAGAUCAAAUAGUGUGUCAGUGGCAGAGCCUGGAAGAGAAUGCAAAUCUCAAGACAAUCAGUCUGGUGAUUUAUCCUCUGUGCUGCUUCUUGAAUUUAUUUUUCAGUAAUUGAUUCUUCACUGGCCUGUGAUAAACCACUGAAGUGUUGCAGCUUGUUUACAUUGUUGGUGGUAUUUUGUGAUCAAAGGAGUAGGUACCCUUGCUUUUCACUGAUGCUCAGAAAAUCAGUUCAGUGAGAUCUACGUCCUCUAGGCUUUAAGCAAAGUAUUCCCAAGCCCCUCAAGACACCAAAAGAAAGGCAAAAUCCAACCAACCAGCCAGCAUGGAAAAUGGGGGCUUUACCAACAUCUAUGAAAAUAUAGAGAACACUGGCCUCUGUGAGAUUCUUGAUUCAGAGGAAGCAAAAGAGGAUCAUCUUUAUGAGCAAGUCCAUGAAGACCCAGCAUCUCCUUCUUCCACCACCACUCCAGAAAGCAUGGACAUCAGCUGUCAGGAGAGCCCAGAACACAGCCGCAGCAAUUCUGUCUCAUCUCAGCAAGGAGCUGAUGGGGAGAAUGGUUCAGCUUCCUCUCAGCAAGGGGCUGAAGGGGACCAGCAUCUCCAGGAAGAGAUGGAGAUGAUGAGCCCAAGGCCCAGUGAUGAAUGUGUAGAAAGGAUGGUGUUUGGAAAUAAAAUCCCAUCUCCUACUGGAUUCAGUCUUCAUAAGAGCCUGGGCACUUCCUCCACCUUCCCAACUUCCACCAGAUUUCCAGCUAACAACAACUUAGGAGAAACUGACAACUUUCAGAAGGAGUAUGAGAUUUUCCUCUUUGUUAAGGCUGGUAUAGAUGGAGAGAGUAUUGGGAAUUGUCCUUUUUCACAGCGUCUCUUCAUGAUCCUCUGGCUCAAAGGGGUUGUAUUUAAUGUCACCACAGUUGACCUGAAAAGAAAGCCAGCUGAUCUACACAAUUUGGCCCCUGGCACCCACCCACCAUUCUUGACUUUUAAUGGAGAGGUCAAGACGGACAUCAACAAAAUCGAAGAGUUCCUGGAGGAGAUGCUUGCACCUCCAAAGUACCCCAAGCUGGCUGCUACACAUCGUGAAUCAAACACUGCAGGGAUAGAUAUCUUCUCCAAAUUCUCUGCAUACAUAAAAAACACCAAGCAGCAGGACAACGCUGGCCUUGAGAGAGGUUUGACAAAGGCAUUAAAGAAGCUGGAUGACUAUCUGAACACCCCUCUGCCUGAAGAAAUUGAUGCAGACAGCACUGAAGAGGAGAAAGUGUCUAAACGCAAGUUUCUGGAUGGGGAUGAGCUGACGCUUGCCGAUUGCAAUCUUCUGCCCAAACUUCAUGUUGUUAAGAUUGUAGCUAAGAAAUAUCGCAACUAUGAGUUCCCAACAGAGAUGACGGGGCUAUGGCAAUACCUGAAGAAUGCUUAUGCCAGGGAUGAAUUCACCAACACCUGUGCUGCGGACAAAGAAAUUGAGCAAGCGUAUGCAGAUGUGGCCAAGCGGCUCAGCAAAUUCUAACUGACCUCCGCAAGGGCUCAGUAUCCCCAGGGGAUUCCCAGUUCACAGAUUCCUUUCCUUGUUGUCUUAGGAGAUAUUCUUCAUCAUGUUUCUGGUUGGCAUCCCCAUGACUUCAGCUGUUAGAGUGUAUUGGUCAGGGCCAAAUCUGCCUCUCCCUAGAGAAAACAUAAGGCAACUGCAGGGGGGUAAAAAACCCUCUGGAAUCUGAACCCAAGAGCUGGAGCAAGUAUUAUUAUUGGCAAUCAUCAUCUGUAUUUGAAACUAUUCAUCUUUUUUAUUUGUUAAUAUCAGCCACCUAUUUUAUUGGGAAUUUUAAAAAAUAGGAUAUUUAGCUGAAAAAUGCAAGUAGAUGGGUUAGGAAUGUACAGAACUGGUUCUUCUCUGGCCCUUUUCAAGGACACUUUUGUCUGAUGUGAUCUAUCCAAAAUAACACUGCUAGUGGGAACCUUGAGGUAGUAGGAAUGAGGUUUUGUCUGAAAGCAAAAAGAGUUUGACCCUAAGGGAGAAAUUUCCUUAGCAGAUAUAUUCAAAAACCUCUGUUUUAAUAGAGCUGGAAGAGGUUAUAAGAUGCUCAUUACUGAUGUGGCGCUAGUGAGGAAAGCAUCAAUGGAUAUGUCAAACUUGCAGAUGCUGCUUGGCAUAUGAUUUGCAUAUUUCCACUUCAUCCGAAUCAUAAAAGGAAAAGAGAGAGAAUGAGAGAUGAACUGGGCAGUUCACCCAAAAGCCCACUAGAUCUUUGGGGGGACAUGCUCAGAUUCUAUAGUGAUAGGGGGCAUAUAAUUACCCUGUUACGUAGAAAGAAUCCUCACAGCUAGCUGAAUUGUUUUAGAUAUUCUCAUCUUAACUGUAUAUUUGCCAGCUUAUUUAGCUUGAGAGCCAUGGAUGGGAGUGGAAAUCUGUUGCCUCGUAUGAAUGCCAGAUUGGGUAGAAAUACCCAAUUUAUUUUUGAGCUUUUGAAAUUGAUCACCUUUCAAAGUUCAUCUCCCAUUCUAGAGAG